GUCGCGAUGAGAACUCAUUAAUGGCGGACGGGUUUUGUGCUGUGUAUUUAAACAAAUAAAACCAUGGAUUAUUAUGUUUACGUUAUUUUAAAUGUGAUAUUUAUUAGUGCUAGUGUAUUUUGCGAGGAUUUAUAUGAAGGGUCAGAGUGUACAUCCGAUAAUGGUCUAAAAGGUACAUGUGUAGAUAUAUUCAAAUGUAUGCAGUACGUAGAAGAUUUGCAGAAAAGGCGGUACCCACAAAUAUGUUCUUACGAGGUGGAGAAACCUAUAGUAUGCUGUUCAGAUUGCAAGCUUGUAAACGAUACGAGAAAUGUCCUAGUGGAUGCAACCGGCUUACAUUAUUACAAAACAGGGGUGAAAGCUUAUGACAAAUGCCUGGAGUAUAUUCUGGAUGAGGCCUCUUGUGACCUUUGGGGAGGAGUCAGGAAGUACCUCGAUGAAGAUCAAGGAUGCUAUGGUUAUACAGAUGUCGCAGUUCUGGCCGUGGCUAAAGGAAUGGACGUUGAGAGAGGAGAAUACCCUCAUAUGGCACUGCUGGGUUUCGGAGAUGCAGUGGAGACGGCAGAGUGGCUGUGUGGUGGAAGCCUCAUCAGCCAUAGAUUUGUGCUCACAGCUGCGCACUGCAUGUCCAGCCGAUCAGCAGGUCCAGUAAGCUACAUAGCGCUUGGAAUUCUGAAAAGGUCUGACCCACCGGAAACUUGGCAAAUCUACGGAGUGAAGCGCAUCAUACCACAUCCAGGAUAUAAAGCACCUUCCAAGUACCAUGAUAUAGCACUUCUGCUCACUGAUAGAUGGGUGCAGUUUUCCCGAUACGUGUUACCAGCAUGCCUGCAUACAGAAGAAAUUGAUGCAUCAGAGGCGACCGCGACGGGUUGGGGCGCCCUAGGCAACCGGCAGGGCUUGUCUGAUACCCUACAAAGCGUGGUUCUCAGCGCAUACAGUGAGGAAGAAUGCUCAUCAUUCUAUCCCCCUCACAGACACCUCGUGAAUGGUUACAACCAUACAACGCAGAUGUGUUACGGAGAUAAAGACGACACCAGAGAUACAUGUGAGGGUGACAGCGGAGGUCCUCUUCAGAUCCGGUCUUCAAUAUCAUCAUGUGCCUCCACGAUCAUAGGUAUUACUUCAAACGGGAAACCAUGUGGACAGCCCGGUAGCUCCGGGGUUUACACCCGGGUGUCAUACUAUGUGCCCUGGAUCGAAAGCAUCGUCUGGUAAUAAAGGAUUUCAAGAAAA